AGCAAUCAGCCCCCAGAAUACGCCAGUCCGUGAGUGUCAACUCACCACCGAAAAAAAAAAAAAACAGAAUAACGAUUCGGGGGAAAGGUGAGAGCGCUGCGGCUGCAGGAGAGAGAGCCGCUGAGAGUGCGCGAGGGUGGAGGGUGGUCUGGUCGGUCGGUCGGCCUGAGUUAAUGGUGAGAAUUGCAGGCGGCCCGGUUCGCCACAAGCUUCUUCUUCUUCGCACCUCAGUCACAAUUCGCAUUUCGAGCAGUACUGCUCUCUUCUCAGCGCCGAUAACAACGGUCAAUUUCCGGAAAAGCCUUCCAUCACACACAGAAUUUAAAAAAAGAAAAACCCCCCGCAGGAAAUAACAACCGAACGCGUCGCGAAAUGUCUUCUAAAGUGAGUGUGUGAGUGUGCAGAAAAGGAUAAAAAUUCAAAAUCAGAGUCAAGAAAACCCAAAACCCCCAAAAUAAUCCCGUAUAGCUUCCGAACUCAAGCCGCAGCAUCCCAGCCACAUACUGUUCUAACCUCACUUUCUUCAUUGGAGCCGUUCAGCUGUUGUCGUAAAUCUGUCUAGUUCACAACAUCCCCCACCCAAUCCACAGGACAUCGUUUCUCCUGCCGUUCUACUGACUUUUCUGUUCAAGACUAACCCAAAGCCACCUCCAGGACAAGUGACUAAUGGAAACAUGGAAAAGCGCUCACCGGCGGCAGAAGGAUAUUCAGCAAGCUUUUCAACGGACUUGAUUGCAUAAAUCAUUGCCCCGCUCGCACCAAAUCAUAGAAAUAGUCAAAGGUCUAUGUGACAAACAGACAACAAGAAACUCAAAGGCUUCCAAUUAAAAGAUAAACGGGAAAAUCGAAAAAUCGGAAAAGCAACUUCCAAACCAAAAGUAUAUCUAGGAAUUUAAGGAAACUUCUUGGGGGAAAAAAAGAAGAGUAGAAGGGAAGUGUCCCCUGGAAGAGAGUAGAGAAAACUCGAGCGCACACUGUAAAUGACAAAAAACUGCUUCCUAAUUUAACUUAAGCGAAGGAUACUCGAAGGAUAAUAGGCAGCAAGCAGCACACACACAACCACAAACAAGCGAACAUGUCAAACGCGGUAGCCAACAACAAAGCGGAAACGGAAGCAGCCACAAACAGCAGCCUCAAACAGCAGUCAUCCCCAAACAGCCAGCCCGCAAACAGCAGUCACGAUGCAGUCACCAAGCUCCUCAACGGCAGUCUGGCCAGAACCAACGGCUUGACCCACGCCGCCUCAUCUGCCGUCUCAGCCGCCGCCUCCGGUGCCGUUUCAUCCUCAUCGACGGCAGCAGCGGCGGCAGCGGCCGCAGCAUCGAACCUCCUGUCCGCGGUGGCGCCCACCACCGCUCUGCCCUUGCCGCCCAGCAGCAAUGGCCUCCAGAUGCCCUACGAACGCUAUCGGGCGGACGACACCAGUUACGUUCCCAUUGGUCAGUUUUACGCGGGACGCAGUGUCUUCAUAACGGGAGGAACUGGCUUUAUGGGAAAGGUCCUGGUGGAGAAGUUGUUGCGCUCAUGUCCGGACAUAAGGAAUAUAUAUCUUCUGAUACGACCGAAACGCGGUCAAGAAGUUUCUGCACGUCUCACCGAACUGUUAAAUGCACCACUUUUCGAAUCACUGCGUCGCGAGAAACCCAAGGAGCUCAGCAAAGUCAUACCUAUUUCGGGCGAUAUUACAUCUGAGGAAUUGGGCAUUUCAGAAAAGGAUCAGAAUCUACUGUGUCGCAAUGUGUCCGUGGUCUUUCAUUCGGCUGCUACUGUGAAAUUCGAUGAGAAGCUCAAACUGUCUGUCACAAUAAAUAUGUUGGGCACGAAACGUCUUGUCGAGCUCUGCCAUCGUAUGCUGUCACUGGACGCACUAAUCCAUGUCUCCACUGCCUAUUGCAAUUGCGAUAGAACCGAUGUGUCUGAGGUUAUCUAUGCGCCGCCGUACAAUCCCGACGAUAUCAUCUCACUAAUCAACUGGCUUCCGGAGGAUAUACUCGAUCAGCUGACACCGCGUCUGAUUGGCAAGCGUCCCAAUACGUACACAUUUACAAAAGCCUUAGCGGAGCAUAUGUUACUUAAGGAGGCUGGUAAUCUGCCCGUUGCCAUUGUAAGGCCAUCGAUUGUGACUGCCAGUCUGAAUGAGCCUUUCGCCGGCUGGGUGGACAACUUCAAUGGGCCGACUGGCUUGGUCUCGGCGCUGGCCAAGGGCAUGUUCCGCACGAUGAUGUGCGAGAAGAACUAUGUGGCCGAUAUGGUACCUGUCGAUAUUGUGAUUAACCUGAUGAUUGCCGCCGCCUGGCGCACUGCUACCCGCAAGUCCAACAACCUUCUCAUCUACAAUUGUUGCACCGGCCAGCGCAAUCCCAUCGUCUGGUCGGAGUUCGUCAAACACGCCAUGUCCAGUGUGCGCAAGCAUCCCCUGGAGGGCUGCCUGUGGUAUCCGACUGGUGACCUGCGAAUGAACCGCCCCAUGAACACGCUGAAUUGUAUAGUCAAACACUUCCUACCGGCCUACAUUCUGGACGGAGUGGCUCGAAUCAUGGGCAAGAAGCCCUUCGUUGUCAGCGUACAAAAUAAAAUUGCCAAAGCUGUGGAAUGCUUAGAGUACUUUGCCACACGCCAAUGGCGCUUCAAAGACGACAAUGUCCACGCCCUGCUGAAUACGCUAAGUCCCAAGGAUCGGGAGAUCUUCGUUUUCGAUGUCCGUCACAUCAACUGGGAUAAGUAUGUGGAGCGCUAUGUGCUCGGAUUCAGGGAGUUUCUGUUCAAGCAGCGACCCGAGUCCUUGCCUGCCAGCAGAAAGCGUAUGCUAAGGCUCUACUAUCUGCAUCAGCUGACCAAACUGGUGGCGGUGCUGCUCACGUGGCGCUUCCUGAUGUCGCGCUCCAAGCGCCUGAACGACUUGUGGAGCGCCUUUCUGGACAACGCGCUGAAAUUGGCGCGCUUGAUACCCUUUUUGUAAUUAAUUAGAAGAAGAUGGCCGAGGACCGAUGAGGAUUCUGAAGUUUGGAGACAGCAACAGCGGAUGACAUAUGUAUAUGUAUGUGUUGGGAUCUGGUAGGAUCUGCGAUGUUCUUCUUCUUUGCCUUUUCUAAAUGCUUCAAAAUGGCGUAAAUCUUAGAGGUUUUUAGCAAAUAAUUAUAUUCAUAUUUUUUAUAUAUGUUACAAAUGAGUAAACACCAGAACCCGCAAACAUCCAAACAUGAAAAAAACAAAAUGAAAAAAAUGAGGAAAAGAUAAAAAAAAUGAGAUACCAAGUUAGACAACAGGAACAUCAGCAACAUAAAAGAUUAAAUAUUUAAUAACUGAACGGGGUAAUUAAAUGGCAUUGGUAUGCACAACACCACCCACAUUUAUUUAGGUGUUAUGAUAGAUCAGGUGUGCGAGCCAGGUGUCGGUGUCGGUUGUUGUCUCCGCUUGUUUCUCUCCUUCUGCGAGAUUGUAAUAUUUUGUGAAAUACUGUAGACGGGAGAAAGGAGAAACCCAAAGUAGGAGCGAAUUCCACCUUUUUGCAUAACGAGAUGAGGGAAUCGAGUGAAUUUAUGGUCGGGAUUCAUCGAUAAUGAAGCAAUUUGCAUGAAUUAGUACAUCCAAAACUAUAUAAAAGACACAAAAAACAAAAUAAAACAAAAAGCAAAAUGAGAAAAGCGAUUUACAACAAUGAUUAGUGAAGAGAAUAAAUUAAAUAAAAAAUGAGAUGGCUUGUUAUUGCUUUAAAAUUUACAUAAACGUAACGUAAACUAUGCUAAUUAAUUAAUAUUAAUUAUAAAUAUUAUUACGUAACGAGCGAACAUUGCAUAUAAAUAAUACGACAAAGACAAAAACCAACAUUAUUUAUAAUUGAAUGUAGUUUUAACAUUUUUACAUUUAAAAUUAAGUUUUCAAUUUAUAUAAAUGAAAGCAGAAGGACCGGUUGGAGACAAAAUUCAGAUAUACAAAAUUCAAUUUAUGUAUAUGUAUAUGACAAAAGCGAAAAACAAAAGGCAAAAAAACUAAAAACAAAACAGCAAACAAACAAAAAAAAAACAAACUAUAAUAAUAAUAAAUUUAUGAAAACAAAAAUUAUAUUUAUAUAUAUGAAAAUCUGAAACAUAAUUUCUUAGCAUUUGCAGCCUAAAACCUAAAUCUAAGCGUAGCCGAAAAAAAAGAGUUUCCAAAAAAAGAUAAACUAUGAAAAAUGUUUUUUGAGACAAACGCAAUUAGAGACAUGAUUAUGAAAUUUAUAUUAAAAGAACACGAGACACAAACACAUACCAUACACCAUACAGAAUGAAACCAAGACACAUAUAGUAAGAACAUUCCAUCCAGUCAGUAGAAAAUCGGGCAUCCAAUCAACUCUUCCUCCACUUUGGACUUUUGCUUCCCGCCUCGUUUGAUCGAUAUGGGCCAGGUAUAUUGGCCAUUAUAAUGGUUACCAGACCAGGAUAGUUCGUUCUCGGGUUCGUUUUCGUGCAAUUAUUAAAUGUCUUAUGUUAUGCCUAGAAUUUAUUAUGUUUUAUUUUUAAAUCGAUUUGUAAAUUGCAGUACAUCAAUAAAAAUACACUUCCAAAAUAAUAAUAUAAAAUAUA